AUGAUGAAAAUCAACCCAAUGCACCCCGUGCGUGGCACACAAGUCAUCUUCGCCAUAAUCGUUCUCGGUCUCAUGGCCUACGUAUCCUCAUGGUGGACAUCGCACUGGCGCCAAAGUUCCCCCGCGCAGGUCUCCUUCCUAGUCUUCGUGCCUGUCUGGUCUCUACUCACGCUCAUCCCCAUAUUCCUCAUACCGCUCAAAUUCAGCCAUCUGCUCUCUUCCGCCGGCAUUCGCUGGGGUCUCGUUGCACUAGACGCACUCACGAUGCUAUUCUGGUUCGCUGGAUUUGUGGCGCUGGCGGUGUUUUUGAACGGCAGGAUCUGCUUUGGCCAAGUGUGCGAUGUGGCGAGGGCGGGAGCAGCACUCGGGGGCUUGAGUUGGGCGGUUGCCGCGGGGGCUUUUGGUUACGAGACAUAUCUGGCUGUCACUGCUGAGAAGAGGAGAGUACCGGCAGUGCAAAAGCCCGAUGUUGCUAUGCACCAAGGCGUCUAG